UCCGGAAUCUCCCGGCAACCUGGCGUGCUCUGACGCCUGAAGCCAGCCCCUGGCCUCGCGUGCUCCGGCCUGGUUCCCUCGCGGCCUCGCGCUUGUGUUUCCCGGCCUCAUGGCUGGGCUGACCUUGUUUGUGAGCCGCCUUCCUCCCUCGGCCCGCAGUGAGCAGCUAGAGGAGCUGUUCAGUCAGGUGGGGCCGGUGAAGCAGUGCUUCGUGGUGACUGAGAAAGGGAGUAAGGCAUGUCGAGGCUUUGGCUAUGUCACCUUUUCUAUGCUGCAAGAUGUACAGCGGGCCCUCAAGGAGAUUACCACCUUCGAAGGCUGCAAGAUCAACGUGACUGUUGCCAAGAAAAAAUUGAGGAACAAGUCCAAGGAAAAGGGGGGAAGUGAAAAUUCAGAGUCCCCAAAGAAGGAGCAGAGGCCUACGAAAGCCAAAGUGGCAGAUAAGAAAGCCAGAUUAAUUAUUCGGAAUCUGAGCUUUAAGUGUUCAGAAGAUGACUUGCAGACAGUAUUUGCUCAAUAUGGGGCUGUCCUGGAAGUAAACAUCCCUAGGAAGCCAGAUGGAAAGAUGCGUGGUUUUGCUUUUGUUCAGUUCAAAAACCUACUAGAAGCAGGAAAAGCCCUCAAAAGCAUGAACAUGAAGGAGAUAAAGGGGCGGACAGUGGCUGUGGAUUGGGCUGUGGCAAAGGAUAAAUAUAAGAAUACACAGUCUGCCUCUGCCCCAGGUGAGGAGAGGAAACCUGAACCUAAACGUCAGAAAUUAGGUAAAGAGAACGUCAGGAAAGAAGAGGAUGUGGGAGAGGAAGAGGAGGAGGAAGAAGAGGAGGAGGAGGAGGAGGAGGAGGAGGAUGGUGAUGAUGGUGAUGAUGAAGAGGAGGAUGAGAAGAAAGAAGCAAAGGGGACCAAGCCUGUGCAAAUUCAGAAGAGAGCAGUCAAGAGGGCCGCAUCCGCCGAAAGCAGUGACGAGGAUCGUUCCGAUGAGGACAGCGACCUGGAGGAAAGAGAGAGUGUUGGAGAGGAACCGACUCCGAGCGACAGCGACCCCGACGAGCACGAGGAGGAAGAUGUACAAGUCUCAAAGAAAAAGAAGAGGAAAUUACCCUCAGAUGUGAAUGAAGGGAAAACUGUUUUUAUUAGAAACCUGUCCUUUGACUCAGAGGAAGAAGACCUUGGGGAACUCCUUCAGCAAUUUGGAGAUCUUAAAUAUGUCCGUGUUGUCUUGCAUCCAGACACAGAACAUUCUAAAGGUUGUGCAUUUGCUCAGUUCAUGACUCAAGAAGCAGCUCAGAAAUGCCUUGAAGCUGCUUCUCUAGAAACUGAGGGUGGUGGGCUUAAACUGGAUGGCCGGCAGCUCAAGGUGGACUUGGCUGUGACCCGUGACGAGGCUGCCAAGCUCCGGACAAAGACAGUGAAGAAGCCAACCGGAACCCGGAACCUGUAUCUGGCCCGAGAAGGCUUGAUUCGUGCUGGGACGAAGGCAGCAGAGGGUGUGAGCGCUGCUGACAUGGCCAAACGAGAACGGUUUGAGUUACUAAAGCAUCAGAAACUGAAGGACCAGAAUAUCUUUGUCUCCCGGACCCGGCUGUGCCUGCACAAUCUCCCCAAGGCCGUGGAUGACAAACAGCUCCGAAAGCUGCUGCUGAAUGCCACAAGAGGGGAGCAGGGGGUGCACAUCAAGGAGUGUAGGGUGAUGCGAGACCUGAGAGGCAUUCACGGGAAAAUGAAGGGGCAGUCCCUGGGCUACGCCUUUGCCGAGUUCCAGGAGCACGAGCAUGCCCUGGCAGCCCUACGCCACAUCAACAACAAUCCGGAAAUCUUUGGGCCUCAGAAGAGACCAAUAGUGGAGUUCUCCUUGGAAGAUCGAAGGAAACUUAAGAUAAAGGAACUGAGGAUCCAGCGCAGCCAGCAAAAAAUGAAAUCCAAGUCUGUAACUGGUGAGCCCCAGCAGGAGCAGCCAGAGCUUGGAAAAGACCAGCAGCGGAAAGCAGCUCAAACCCACACGCAGGAGCGAAACAAGGCUCCCCUAGAGCAGAAGGGGAAGGCGGGCUCUGUCACAUGGACAGGAUUCCAGACCAAGGCCGAAGUGGAGCAGGUGGAGCUGCCUGAUGGGAAGAAGAGAAGAAAGAUUCUGGCUCUCCCCUCACACCGAGGCCCCAAAAUUAGGUUGCGGGACAAAGGCAAAGUGAAGUCUCUCCCUCCCAAAAAACCAAAGCCCCAGAUAAACCAGCGGAAGCAAGAGAAGCAGAAAUUGUUUUCCCAGCAGGUACCUAAGAAAAAAACUAAGGGAAAUAGGACAGAAAUUCGCUUCAACCAGCUAGUUGAACAAUAUAAGCAGAAAUUAUUGGGACCUUCGAAAGGAGCACCUCUUGCAAAGAGGAGCAAGUGGUUUGACAGUUGAUGCCCGCAGACUGGAUUGGAAGGUGGAUUGUGUGCUUCUUGGUAAAGUACCCAGGUUCUUCCGCACUCCUACCCCCAGUGUCAUUUACUGAGGGAAAGAAACCUGCGGAGGGCACGGCCACUUUGUUGAUGGGCUCCCUGGGCUGUGCACAUCUGAGCUUUGAUCCCUCCCGGGUGUGUUCACCACAAUGAGAAACAUCAGAAAAACAUCGCGAUGCUUCUUAUACGUUGUCCAGAUUAUUGUGCGGAGAUGUGUCUAAUUAUUACCCAUUUUAAUUCUUUGUUUCUCAAAUGGAAACAAUUAUAAAAUGCAUUCUUGAGUAUUGAAUUUUUAAGAUGUAUAUUUUGUUGUGUCUUGUCUAAGUAUGAUAUUUUGUGGCUUUUUGAAUAAAAAACUAUUUCUAAUAUA